ACAACAAAAUGACAGCAUCAGAUGGAUUAUUAUGGGUGUUGGCAUGUGCUGGUGUAAUUCUGCUUGUCAUGUCAGUAGCAAGAAUUAUUCAGGCAAAAUGCUUUACAAAAGGUCAUUCAGUUGAACAGAAUUUAGAAUUUCCAGGAAUGCAAGUUGAGUCUUCAAUUAAUGGAACCUGUGGUUCCAGAAUUGAGAAAUUCAGCAGGAUUGUUGGUGGAACAAACUCGGAAAGUGGUGAAUGGCCCUGGCAAGUUAGUCUCCAGAUUGGAUCUCAUGCGUGCGGUGCUUCCAUCAUCUCUGACAGUUGGCUCAUCUCUGCUGCUCACUGCUUUCAAAAUGCUUAUGGAGAUCCUUCGCUCUGGAAAGCUUACAUGGGGUCAGUUUUUGUUGGACGAGGUCUAUCGAGAUCCAUCAGUAGAAUCAAGAAUCAUCCCAACUUUAGCUUUCCUGUAAACUUUAACAAUGAUUUUGCAGUCCUGGAGCUUUCCUCUCCCCUUAUCUUCAAUGACUUCAUCCAGCCAAUUUGCCUUCCAUCAAGCAGUAAAAUCUUCCAUGCUGGACAAAAAUGCAGAAUCACAGGAUGGGGAAAACUUGCUUAUCAAGGAUCAUUUGCAACAAUCCUUCAAAAAGCAGUAGUGAACAUUAUCAAUGAUCAACGAUGCAAAAGGAUCUAUAAAAAACUUGUCAGUGAAAAUAUGAUCUGUGCCGGUAUCUUAGCAGGAGGAAUUGAUGCAUGUCAGGGCGACUCAGGAGGUCCAUUAGUUUGUGAGGAUGCUGAUAAGACUUGGUUUCUUGCUGGAAUCGUGAGCUUUGGAAUUAAAUGUGCCAGUCCUAACAUACCUGGAGUGUAUGCUCGGGUUACAGCUGUUAGAGAUUGGGUGAAGCACGAAACUGGAGUGUAAAUUUCGACAAAUCCUGAUCCGACCUUCUAUUUUAUUCCUAUUGCAUGAGCACUGUUUCUAAAAUUUAUUC